AUGGAUUCCCCAAACCAUCUCGACCAAGAAGUGCCACCAACGACUGCUACAGGAAAAGAGAAGAUCACGGCUGCCAAUGUUUCGGCAGCAGGAUCAUCAACUCAAGCAAAGGUGGAUACACCCAAGCCUGUUGAGCUCUACCUUGUUGGGGCCCUAGUGCUUCGCGAACGUGGUGAUGAGAUUAUCAAGGAACUAAAGUGCGUUGAGCCAUAUACGCUGUCAACAAAUGAAAAGCAAUUUGACAACAUGACAACAUCCGAUCUUCACGAAUCAUUCAUGGACCUUUGGGAGACUUACUACCACCAGCGAACACUAGUGUCUGAUGAAGAACGUAUGUCUGUGGGAUUCAAGAACUGGCUCAUUAUUGACCUUUGUCGCCGAUGCAAGGUCCUCCAUGAUCGUUUUCAGGCGAGCAACAAGCAAUCCCCAUUGUCAUAUGCCCAAAAUGGUGAACCACUUUCUUUUGACGCGUGGUUGCACAAACCAUCCCAUGGCCGCAAGUAUUUCAAUAAGAACAGAUUCCUCAGCUCUCCCAUCUUGUCAAAUGAAAUCAGAAGCCAUGUCCUCGGAAUUUCCCAUACAUUUGGUGAUGCAAUCAUUGCAUGCACUGAAUUCAUUGAUAUGGAUCAAGUCACAACCAUGACCAACCAUCAAUUCCAAUCUCUUUGGCAAGCAUUGAAGAAGCAUCAGGCAACCAUUGAAAAAGCAUUACAAGUGGGAGCAUUGCAACCCCUUCUUGAGGAGGCUUCAAACAACAAGGUGAUGGGAAAAUUCAAGGCUGCUACUCGAUUGGCAUGA